UUCUUUGUCUUUCUCUUUAACUCACUAGUCGACUUCACCAAUUUUUUCUCCGCAAAUCUAAAUCCUAAAACCCUAGCCUCAAAUCAACUAUUGCAAGCUCCAAUCCAUCUUCAGCGACGACACGAGGAAGACGAUUGCUGUUGUAGGCACUUGAGACUCGCGCGGCCAAGCAAGAGCACAAACGGAGCGAGGAAGUCUGAUUAACAACUCAUCCCAUCUACCAUCACAUGCGCAACCCACUGAAACAUGUGUUUGGUAAUUAGAUAGUGGUGGUUGUUGGAAUGGCCAUCCAAUGCCCUAAACUCAAGCUGCCAGCGACAGAGGUCAAUUUUCCUGUGACAAGGUGCCCCAUACCAUGGUGGACGCACACCCAGAUUAGUUCCACUUUUCCUGUAAGGAUAUUGAAGCUCCGAGUUUCUGCUCUGUCUGGUGGUGAUGGCAGUAGCAGUAGUAAGAAAGCAGCUGCCCCUAAUUCAAAUUAUGUGGUGCCUCUGGACAAGUCAUCCUGCAUCACUCGUCCCCUUGCAGAGAUUCUCCGUGACCUGAAUAAGAGGAUUCCGGAUAACAUAAUCAAGACUCAUGAUGAUCAUUCCACCUUCAUCCCAUGGUACCAGGCAAACCGCAUGCUAAGCUUUUAUGCCCCAGGUUGGUGUGGAGAAAUUCGUGAUGUCAUUUUUUCUGAGAAUGGGACUGUGACUGUGGUGUAUCGGGUAACAGUUCGGGGUUCGGAUGGGGAGGCACACCGUGAAUCGACUGGGACUGUAUCACCUGGCAACGACAAUAAUGCAGAUCCUGUUGCUGCAGCAGAGGAAAUUGCAUUUUGCAGAGCAUGUGCUCGGUUUGGUCUUGGAUUGUAUCUUUACCAUGAAGAGUAGAAGCUUUGGGGUGUGAGUUGUUUGAGGGCCCCAAUCGUUUGUACUUUUGAUUGAGAAAUCUGUUUUUAUGCUUGGAAUUAAUGUAUGUAAUUCUUUUAAGGAUGCCUACGAUAAUCGAUAUCUGAUCAUAUAGUGUCUAACUUCUGAGGACUUUUUUUUGGGUUCUCGACUAUAUAAAUAAAGGAUGAAUUGCUUGCAUGGUA